AUGUCUCUCGCAGGCCCACUAGGCACGAGCAUCAAUCCAGAGGAGACUGAGAACUUUGAGGAUAUCGAGAAGCAGUUCGCGGUCAAAGUUGUGCAGCACAUGGAAACAUACUGGAAGAUCCUCGAGAAAGUACCCGGCUCCAAGCUGCGACUCACCAAGAUCGACGACGAAAUCUACGAACACCUCAAGACGGAAUUCCCCGAGUUCGACGCAUCAGCCACACUAAACGAGGAUGAGAUGAAGAGCAAGGAGGGGAAGGAGCGAUGGCGCAAGUUCAUCAGUGAGUACGAGAAGAAGGUCGAGGAUUACAAUUUCGGCACAAUGCUGCGCGCAAGUCCCAAGAUGGAAUACAGCCAGGAAGGCACAAUAUUCGCUGUUCGGAUGCAGUUCUACGCUAUCGAAAUCGCACGUAACCGAGAAGGCCUGAAUGACUGGAUAUACGAGAAGGCGCAGGGCAAGUAG